AACCUCUCAAUUAAGAAAGGAAUCUCCAGUCAACCCUAUGAAACCACCGUAGUCAAACAACAAAAAACACCUCCAAAACAGACAUAGAAACGGCGCAGCCACCGCGAAACGCAACCGCUACUCCGACUGUCAAUCUUCUAGGGCUACGGAAUCCAGAAGAGCCAAUGGAGCAAGAAACCGGCUCAGGCAUGGAAAAACAGGUAGCGGCGAUGGCUUGUGCCGCCAUGACUUUCUUUUACGUGGCGAUUCUCUACGCUCCAACUUUGAUCUUACGCCUCCCUCCUCCCAACUCUCUCAAACAAUUCAUGAUCCGCCGCUUCAUCUGCGCCUCCAUUUCUUCUGUUGUUUCUCUUAUUUUAUGCGCCUUUAUUCUACCAAUAACAAGCAGGGAGAUGUCUUAUUUGUUCGUUUACGGCAUCCGGUUGGACCAUUUUUGGCAAGCUGUGGUCUUUCCUCUUUUCUUGACUUCGUUAAUGUAUGCUGGAUCUUUUGCCCUCAAGCUGUUUUUAUUGGUGGAUUCGUGGAAGGAGCAUGUGAGUGAAGGCAGAAGCCUUGCAGCUGGCUGUUUUAAUAAUCUCCUGCAGAAUUUCACUGCCGGGAUCUCUUCCAUUGCUUCUGAUGUUUUGGCUUGGCGUAAUUAUGUGGUGGCUCCAUUCACAGAGGAAUUGGUGUUUAGAGCAUGUAUGAUACCUCUACUUCUAUGUGGAGGAUUCAAGAUCUCCAGCAUCAUUUUUCUCUGUCCUGUUCUUUUCAGCUUGGCACAUUUGAAUCAUUGGAUGGAGAUCUAUAUCAGGCAUAACAGCUUACUUAAGGCCACCAUGGUUGUUGGUCUGCAGCUUGGCUAUACUGUGAUUUUUGGUUCCUAUGCUUCUUUUCUUUACAUUCGAACAGGACAUCUACUAGCUCCAUUAGCAGCUCAUGUAUUUUGCAACAUUAUGGGAUUGCCUGUGAUGUUUGCAAGGAGAUCAGGGAUGAUAAGCUUGGCAUUUGUUGCUGGAGCUGCAAUGUUCCUUUGGCUUCUAUUUCCAAUAACACGCCCCGAUCUGUACAAUGAUAGAACAAACAAUUGUAGAUGUUGGCAUGGAUAUUGUUCCUGGAACUAAUCAUGCUGCAUUUUGGGAGAUCACUACACUUGUUCCUUUCAACUGCUAAUUUCAAGUGCUUAAGAGGUGGUUUAUUUUGCACUUCUGCUUAUUCCCUUGCUCUCAAGUUUGAGAGACCAGACAAGGGCUACACCAAACAAGGGUUAUAGAAACAGAAAUGUGACUAGGCAUAUAGACAAGGGUUAAAUCUGUCAGUUUAGUUGAUUUUUCUAGUUUGUUUGUUUUGGUUUUUUAGUUCACUCUUGGUUUGGUUCAGUUAAUUCUUUUGUAAUUUCAAAUAAGCUGAAUCAAUUUGAAUUUGUUGGUUUGAUUCGAUUAUUCAGUUUAGUUCGAUUUUUCA